CCGUAGAAGCAAUGGGCGUUCUAGCAAUUCUCACCGCUACCCUAGCCGUACUAGGCCCAGCAGGGGCUGCGGCCUCAGCGGACAUUGUUUCUGCAGCUGGCCAGACAGCUAAAAUCCCAGGGUGGAGCUUGCAAUCAGUCUUGCAUGCCUCCGAUAACUUGACCGCGUUGGCGAAACCUGGUGCCGAUGUCUCUGGAUGGUAUAGGGUGAGCGCUCGCAAGACGGCAAUGGCGGGCCUCAUUGAAGCGGGAGUGUACAACGACACCGACUUAUGGUAUUCGGAUAAUUUGAACCACAUUGUCGAUCGCUCAGUCUUUGGCACGGCAUGGUUGUACCGCGAAGAGUUCACCGUGCAGCCAGAAGCGGGGCAGCAUUACUUUGUCAUUACCCAUGGUAUCACUUCCAAAGCUGAUAUCUGGGUCAAUGGCAAGAAAAUUGCGGACAAAACAUACCAGCAGGGCGCCUAUGGCGGCCACAAGUAUGAAGUCACGCAGCUCCUGCAGUCGGGCGCCAAUGCGAUAUUAAUCCAAGCGUAUGAGACCGAUUACCUCUUGGACUCCGCAAUGGGCUUUGUCGACUGGAACCCAUAUCCACCAGACAAUGGCACUGGGGUGUGGCGUGAUGUCGAAAUCUCUCAGACCGGUCCUGUUACCUUGGCCCCGAUUCGCGUUGUUCACGACUGGACACCAGGGAAAACCUCAACUAAGAUUACCGUCAAGGUUAACGCUACCAACCUGGAAAAUAAGUCAGUCAAGGGCAUCCUCUCAGGGCAGAUAAGUCUUGGUCCAGGCAAGCCACUCAUUCUCUCGCAAUCCUUCACCUUGAAGGCCAAUGAGGAAAAGACUCUUACGGCGACUGGUAAUCUCCAAGACCCACAGAUCUGGUGGCCAGCAAUUUGGGGCGAUCAGCCAUUAUAUGAUGUCAACGUUACAGUACUGGUCGGAAACAAAGAAUCUGAUAUUGCUGAGCCUCGAAAGAUCGGUAUUCGCUAUGUUGAGUCUGGCUUGAAUAAGUUUGGAGACCGUACCUUCAAGGUCAAUGGCGAAAGAUUUCUACCGCUCGGUGGCGGCUAUGGACCGGAUAUGUUUUAUCGUUGGGAUUCGGAGUAUGUACGACAGAAAUUUGAGCUUAUGCUAGAUCUGGGCAUGAACACCGUUCGGCUAGAAGGGAAGCAAGAACACCCAGAACUGUUUGAGAUUGCCGAUGAAAUCGGCCUUAUGAUCAUGCCUGGAUGGGAGUGCUGCGACUGGUGGGAAGGAUGGACAUACAAUACCGACGUCCCCAGCUACGUCCGAUUCAAUGAACACGACUACUGGAUCGCAAAUUACUCCAUGCUGCAUGAAGCCUCCAUGAUGCAGACUCAUCCAAGCAUCCUCACGUUUCUAGUGGGGUCUGACUAUUGGCCAAACGAACGAGCGGCAAAGAUCUACGUGGACGGACUGAGUACAUGGGAUUGGCCCAAUCCCAUUGUAGCCUCCGCGGGCGAACUAGGAUAUCCAAAGAUUCUCGGGUCUUCCGGAGUGAGAAUGGAUGGCCCGUACGACUAUGUCCCUCCAAACUAUUGGUACGGUGGACAGGUUGGCGCUGCUUUUGGCUUUGGCGCUGAAGAGGGUGCUGGUGUUGGAACACCUGAAAUUCGUAGUUUGAAGAGAUUUUUGUCUGAGGACGACCUCAACGAUUUGUGGACUAAACCUAAUAAGGGGUUGUUCCAUAUGUCGAGCAAUGUUUCAUCGUUUUACGAUAGGUCCAUUUAUAACGAUGCCUUAUACAAUCGUUAUGGUGAUCCUACUAGCUUGGAUGACUAUCUGUUGAAAGCUCAGAUUAUGGACUAUGAGGCUACUCGCGCCGAGUAUGAAGGAUUCGCAUCACUGCAAGAUGCUCAUCGCCCUGCGACGGGAGUAAUCUACUGGAUGAUGAACAGUGCCUGGCCCAAUUUGCACUGGCAGCUUUUUGAUUACUACCUCAACACAGCUGGCUGUUUCUUCGGCGUCAAGGUCGGCGCUCGACCGGAACACGUCUCCUUCAAUUAUGAAAACAGGACCAUUUACUUGAUCAAUAGAUUCAAUUCUUUGAACAAGGGAGAUAAAGGUGCCCGUUCAGUGUCUAUUGACUUGAUUGAUACAGAUGGCACUCCUCUAUCCCAUCAGAGCAUCAACGUAACUACAAAGCCAAACCAUUCAAACGAGAUCGCCAAAGUAAGCGGAUUCAACAAAAUUAAAGACGUCGCAUUCCUACGUCUCGUGCUUUCCGAUGCACAGGAAAACGUGCUCAGCCGCAACAUUUACUGGCUCACACCCAAGAACGACGUUUUACAAUGGGACAACUCGACAUGGUACUAUACUCCCAUAACGUCAUUCUCGGACUAUACUUCCCUGCAGAAGCUAUCAACUGCAACCGUUGACACCACCGUCAGCGAUAUUUCUUCAAAGACGGAUCAGUCAACAACAACAUUGCAGGUGCAACUGGAGAAUAAAUCAAAAUUACCGGCGUUUUUCAUCCGUCUCGUCUUGAUUGACUCAAAAACGAAUGAGAAUAUCAAUCCUCCCUUCUGGUCGGAUAACUAUAUCACCUUGUUCCCAGAAGAGUCGCUGACAUUGACCGUUUCUUUUGACUCCAAGUUAUCUUCCUCGCCCGCGGUAGAGGUGUCUGGUGGGAAUAUUAAAACAACGAUUGUGCAAUAGUGGACGUGUUUGACAUACCGCCACGUGCGCGUGGGAGUUAAUCUAGUGUAUAUGUGUAUUUAAUUGGAUAAUAUCUCAUAUAGUUGCUUGGAACAGCG